AUGAUGACGUUGAUCGCGGGCGGCGUCUUCGAGCAAGGCGCAGCCUCUGCCCUCGACCACCACCUCGGCUACCCUGUCGACUGGUCGGCAGUCACGGAGCGCUGCAAUGGUGAGUCAGGCUUCAUCUGCCUCAAGCACAUCGCGCUGCUCACGACGCGCGUGCCCGACGUCUUCGCCGCCGAGUACAAGCACUUUUACUGCAAGUACAACGAGCCCUCCUGCGUCAAGCUGCUCAAGCUCGACAUCCUCACCGCCGUGGCGACGCAGGCGACAGACGCCGCACCCUCCCGACAGCGCGGGGCAGGCCCACCCGACUCGAGCCGACCGAGGCCGCCGCCCGAGCAGGCGACCGUGCCCGAGAUCGUGGACGAGAUUGCAGAGUACAUCACAGAGCCGGACGCCAACGUCGCGCGCGCCGCCGUCGCCGCCAUCGGCAAGCUGGGUGUGCGCGUGGAGCAGCUCCUCAAGUUGCUCGAGGUCAAACCGCGUCUGUCCGUGCAGAACGUGUGGGAGCAUGUCGACAUCGACCACGUCUCCGCGGAGGCCAUCAUCGCGAUGAAGAACUUGCUGCGAAAGUUCCCCGACCGGAUCGAGCGCUUCAUCGGCGCCGUCGGCGCCGGGCUCUGCGCCACCCGACCGCCGGACGCCAAGGUGGCGCUGCUGUGGAUGGUCGGCGAGUACGGCCACGCGCCCUACCUGCUGGAGCCCCUCAUCGACAACUUCCCCGAGGAGACGUCGCAGGCCGCCGUCCGGCUCGAGCUGCUCGCCGCCACGGUCCGCCUCUUCUUCCGCCGCCCCGCCGAGCUCCAGCAGAUGCUCGGCCGCCUCCUCGACGCCGCCAUCGCCGACGCCUCCUUCACCGACGUGCACGACCGCGCGAUGCUCUACUAUCGGCUGCUGCAGCUCGACCCUCGGGCGGCGGGGCGACCCGUCCGGCCCCAACAAGCUAAAUAA